CUCUACACAAAUUUCUUCGAAACAUUCUGCGUUGGACUCUCUCUCUCUCUCUCUCUGGAGAAUUCCGGUUUCGCUACUGUGCGUGGAAUUUUGAUUCUUUCGUUUAUGCACAUUGGAUCUCGGAAUUGAUUACUGUUUACCAAUGCUUCGUGUUUGCAAGGAGAUUACUCUAUUUCAUUUUGCUUUGCUAGCUUCGUCUUGUUCUUGUUGUUGUUGUUGUAUGAUGUAAGUGAUACAUGGAAUGGAGAGUGUCAUUGUGGAAAUGAUGAAGCUGUGAGUUUUGUAGAGUUACUUGUGCCGGUUUCGGUGUGAUUGAUGGCAUGCAAUGAAUCAGGCUUUUCGGUGUCGUUGUGAUUCGGAAUCUAUCUGAUUGUUUCGUGAGUUGUUUUGUUUCUGGAACGUGGAUGAUACACGGAACAUAAAAGGAGUGUGUGGUCUAUGCUUAUGGGUUCAAAUUCAGUUGUGGAUAUGAUAGAGGCCUCCUCGGGGGUUCAUUUUUCUGGAUUUCACAUGGAUGGUUUGCACCAAAGACUGAAGAUUGAGCAACCGACAACCUCAGCAAAUGAAAACAUGCAUAAGCAGCCUUUUGUUAUUGGGGUUGCUGGUGGGGCAGCUUCUGGUAAGACUACGGUUUGUGACAUGAUUAUACAGCAGCUUCAUGAUCAGCGUGUUGUUCUUGUUAACCAGGACUCGUUUUAUCAUAAUCUGACCAGCGAGGAACUUAAACGGGUUCAUGAAUACAACUUUGACCAUCCUGAUGCUUUUGACACUGAGAAACUAUUAUCUUAUAUGGACAAGUUGAAGCAUGGGCAAGCAGUAGAUAUUCCGAACUAUGAUUUCAAAAGUUACAAAAAUAAUGUGUUUCCAGCUAGAAGGGUAAACCCUUCGGAUGUCAUAAUUUUGGAAGGCAUUCUUGUUUUCCAUGAUCCUCGUGUCCGAGAGUUGAUGAAUAUGAAGAUAUUUGUUGAUACAGAUGCUGAUGUGCGGUUGGCUAGGAGGAUAAGGCGUGAUACGGUUGAGAAGGGAAGGGAUAUUGGUACAGUUCUUGAUCAGUAUUCACAAUUUGUAAAGCCUGCUUUUGAUGAUUUUAUUCUUCCUACAAAGAAGUAUGCCGAUAUCAUCAUCCCUCGUGGUGGAGAUAAUCACAUAGCUGUUGAUUUGAUUGUACAACAUAUCCGCACUAAGCUUGGUCAGCAUGACCUCUGUAAAAUAUAUCCUAACUUAUAUGUCAUUCAUUCAACCUUUCAGAUACGGGGUAUGCAUACCCUCAUACGUGAUUCUCAAACAACAAAGCAUGAUUUUGUUUUCUAUUCCGACCGAUUAAUUCGUUUGGUUGUUGAGCAUGGCCUGGGACACCUACCUUUUACUGAAAAGCAGGUCAUCACUCCAACUGGGUCCGUGUAUAUUGGUGUGGAUUUUUGUAAGAGGUUAUGCGGUGUAUCUGUCAUUAGGAGUGGUGAAAGUAUGGAGAAUGCUUUGCGAGCAUGUUGUAAAGGUAUCAAGAUUGGCAAGAUUCUUAUUCAUAGAGAAGGUGACAAUGGUCAGCAGCUAAUUUAUGAAAAGCUACCCAACGACAUUUCAGAGAGGCAUGUAUUGCUGUUGGAUCCUAUCUUGGGAACAGGUAAUUCGGCUGUUCAAGCUAUUUCUCUACUUCUAAAGAAGGGUGUACCAGAGUCCAACAUCAUAUUUCUCAAUCUCAUAUCUGCACCUCAAGGUGUGCAUGUGGUCUGCAAACGCUUCCCCAGAAUAAAGAUUGUGACAUCUGAGAUUGAAACUGGUCUGAAUGAAGACUUUCGUGUCGUACCUGGCAUGGGUGAGUUUGGGGAUAGAUAUUUUGGAACUGAUGACGAUGAUCAAGAAGGGGUGCCUCCAUCAAAGUAGCUCAUGGAAACUGCUAUUUGGUCCAACCCAUUAUCAACUUGAGUUAUUUUCAGCAAUGAUGAUCAGCUAGUAACGUGCUGGAUUCUACAGUUUCAAUGUUGAGAAAAUUUUGACUUUCAAGUCCAGAACCACCAUCCUUUGAAUGUUUCUUUUUGUUAUAUAGGUCUUCUGUUCUUUUACAAAUGUGUUUUACAUAUGACAAUAAUGUCAUGUCAUAAGGGUUGGGGUUGGACAGCAA